AUGCUCCCUCAGGAAUUACCAUUUGCCCAUUGCAUGGUUUUUAGUCCCGACUCUUCGAGGCUGCCGAUAGCAGGGCAUGAUAGAAGGAUAUAUGCAACACUAGUUCAUAUCGAGAUUGAAUGGAGCCUCUGUUACAGCGGAUAUCAAGAAUUUCCAGGAGAAGUUAUUUGUCUUUCAGUCUCUCCAUCCUCUAUUUCAUCUUCCGUUUUUGUCUACAGUCCUAGGGCUAUGAGCUUGCUCGACUUUGGGAUGCCAGUCGAUGAAGAUGACGGUAGAAAGAACUUUGAAAUUUGUGCUUUCAGAGAUCCUGUUUUAUUUGUAGAACAUAUUUCUACAAAUUUUCUCUUGGUCAUAGACAACCCUUGGAUGCAAGUAGUUAAGAAUUUAGACACCCAGCUGCCUGUUCAGAGUCAUAUUUUUGGGUCAUAA